AUGUACUUAACAAAUUCCUUCUCUCUCCUCCAGAUGAUUAUCACAGCAGGAAAUUUAUCUGAAAGUCAAAAUGCUUUAGAACUUGCCAGAACAAAUGGUAGCUAUUUUUUAUUACUCUCUCAAAGUUUUCUCUUUGCUGUCGUGCGCUGUCUUCAUGAUCUCUUUCCUCCUUUAUUUCUUUUUCGUGUAGCAUCUUUUCACUGCACUGUUGGUUGCCACCCAACACGUUGUAGUGAAUUUGAACAAGAUGGACUGGAUCCAAGUGAUUAUCUUCAUCAACUGAUUACUAUCGCUCAGGACAAUAAAGGAAAAGUGGUAGCUGUUGGUGAAUGUGGUUUAGGUAAGGGAUCACCAAAGUAGAUUUUUUUUCAGGAUAUGCACAGUGCCAGGGUGCGACCCAGUUAACAUGAACCUAAACCCUAACCCAGUUGUAACAGCAGCGACCAAACCUCCUGUGAUCGAGCACCGAUCUCUAAUGUGGAGAAUCACAUAUGAUCGCUUGGUGACAGAGGACUAUAGAGAGUUAGCUUGCCUUCAAACUCAUUAAUAUGUACGAUUUGGGUGCCAAGAAUCAGUAAAGGGGAACUAGAACCAUUUGUUGGACAAUGACAGCAACAGGAAAUAGAACUUGCAUAAUUACGUUACGACUCAGCGUUUUGAACUCACAGGCGGGUUAGCGCUUAUUUCUUCGACAACUUAAAUGAACCAAUAAAGACAUUCAUCGACCUAGGAAUAACUAGAAAACCUGUCCAACGUGUUAAUCCACAGCAUUUAAGAACAAAAGCAAAAAUUAAAGCAAGAAUAUAUGAUAUCAUCGACACUAAUGUAUUUCAAGAUAACAAUUUCUCAAAAAUGAGGCCUUGUUGGUACUCUCAGAAGCAUAUUAUAUGCUUCGAGUGUGCUCCACACUACUACCAGUAGAUAUUAUAAUUUUAUAACUUGAUGACAGAAAUGUGAUGGUGAAUUUUAAGCCUAGUGAAUAGUUGAGAAAGAUGUUUUUCAGCCAGUGACAGAGGCAGUUCGGAAGAAACCUAGUUUAUUGGUCUUAGCUCCCACGAGUCUCCUGUGGCUCAAUGGUAGAGCAUCUGGACUGAGUAACCAAACGGUCAUAGGUUCGACUUUAGUACUCAAAUUUUUCCUUUCGAGCCGACUGUUUGAAUGACUGGAAACAUCUCUCUCAUAUGUAAUGUAAGUAGCAUAAUUAUAACAUUGAAGUAGUAUUACUAUUUCAAAGAAGGUAAUUUAGCUUGCUAGUAAGCUUCUUUUGAUUUUAUUAAAUUCAGCUUUAGAGUGAGCCGGAGAGGAUACAAACAAAGAAUAUCAAUGAAAAGGUUUUUACAACUUUGUCAUUGAUAAAAUGGUGCUUUUACAGUUGUCAGCUUUGUGCCAUUGGGACACCUCGGUACUUCCUGUGUAUAUGUCAACUCUGCAAACAGCCACGCAAUAAGCCGUCUCUUAUAUACCGAGAUAAGCAAAGUUAACAUAAAUAGUUUCUGCUACCUUGUCAAAAGGUUUAAAGUAAGCGCGAAGUAUACUUCGCUACUAUGGAAACCCAGUUUUGAAGUCAACUCUUUUGUUCUUUUUUGUUUGUCAGAUUAUGACCGUACUCAUUUUUGUCCAAAGGAAAUUCAGUUAAAGUAUGUAAAGUCCACUGUCUUGGUAACCACUGUGCUUCAUAACUACUUGUAUCAGUAGAGCCUGUGUUGCAAGUUCAUUUCCUUAUCUCAAAAAGGGCUUAUAUGAUUUUUUGUGUUAGCUGGUUCGUCCUCACAAUAGUUGAAAGUAUCAACCUGAUAAUCUUUCUCAAACUGAUGAAAAGUGAAAUAAUCAUAUGUAGCUUUCCUUGCGAGUCCCAGGUUAUCUAAUGUUCCAUACCGGUAACGCGGAGGUCACGGGUUCGAAUCCCGUUGAAGCCCUGAUUUUUUCAGGCUUCUUCUUUCCAAUUGCUUAAAUUGGAAAAUUCACUGCGAUGAUCAUUCUUCACUUUCGUUCCAUGCGGUGGUUGAAGAAGGCAUACUUUGCUUGUAUAUGUAUCUUUAAUUGCUUUUUUUCUUUUUGCUUUGCAUUUUAGAUAUUUUGAGAAACAGUUUCAAUUAGCUGAAGAAACUAAACUGCCAAUGUUUUUACAUUCGAGAAGUGCACAUCAAGAUUUCAUCGGUAAGGUUUAAAUCUACAAAGAGGGACUAAUGCAGCCGCAACUCAGCGAGCCGCCUUCCUUUUUUAGAUCCAUAUACUCUUUCGAAAUAAGCCCGCAUUCAAUGCGACUGAAGUUGAGUUUGGUUAAUCAGCAAAACUGAAAAAUAUCUGUAUAAAAUUCAAAUUUCACAACAUAAUAUUUGUAACGUAAGCUUAAUUCUACGACAUUAUUGUAAGUGGGUUAUGACGCAUAUAAACUAUCAGCAUGCAGUGAAAUGGAACCGUCAGCCUCUUCCCGGAGGUUUUAACUUACAUCUUGGACCACCGAUGCGUCUAGUGAUGCCUGGGUGUAAGCUUUCAAGAUGGCAAUUACACUUAAUGUAGAAGGUCUUGCCAGGAAAUACUAAAAAUAUGUAUUUUAGAAAAACUUAUAAUAUAUAACUUUUAAUUUCAUCCUUUGCAUUUGUGUGAUAAGAAUAUGUGAAAACUUCAAGUGUUAAAUUACACCUUGCCAUAAUUUUGGACAUGUGAAAUUCGGAUGAAGUAAUAAAGCUCAGUUGCAUUAAGGAUCCCAUGAAAUAUUUUCUUUACUUUUAGUGUAUUUGGAAAGAUACAGAUGUCGCUGCAGAAACCGUUUAAAAUUAAGUUUACACUAUGAGGAGUUUUUCUAGAUUUACUACAGAUUUAUUAGGUUAUACAGAAUCCCAAGCGUUUACACACAUCAUUUAAUCCGACAGUAUUAAAUUCGGAUACAAAAUAUUUACUUUAAGCCCCGUGCAAACGGACGCAACAUUGUUGGCUAACAAACUCCCAACAAUGCUGCUUGCAUGUUGCGUCUGUUUGUACGCCCUGUUGCAUGUUGCUGCGUGUUGUUGGGAGUUGUUGCGCAAAGUUUGAAACCGGUCAAACUUUUAGAUACAUCCAAACGGACGCAACAACUCCCAACAAUGUUGUGUCCGUUUGCACGGGACUUAUGAUUUCGCCGGCGAUAUCGAAAUCUGGGGCUUUUUACAGUUUGGAUUCACGCAUCUGCUUUAAAACUGCAAAACGAACCCACUACAAAAAUGCUCUGAAUUAUGUUAAACCUAGCCAAAUAAGUUGUUGUUGUUUGGAGAAUUUAAACGUCAAUAUUUUUUUCUCAAGUUUAGUUUACCUUUGGCGUGUCAUCAAAUAAUCUAUUAUUUCAUUAGUGCGAUGUAUCUUAUUUCUUUUUUAUGAUUUUAUUAGAUAUAAUAAGACGAAAUAGGGACAGAUUUGUUGGAGGAGUGGUGAGUUGGCAUUCUUCACCAGCGAUACAAUGCACUAUCCUACAACUAAAGAAAGCGCCUGAGGAUUGUUAGUGAAGUAAAAAGAACAAAAACAAAUUUCGAUAGGCUAAGAAGGAAGGACAACAAUGGAAUUGUGGGAAAAGACAGAGAGGAGGAAGGGAAAGGACUUCAUAGAAAUGUUCAUGUUUCGAGUCUUGAUGCAUAAUUGCCUUUAUCUUCAUUACCAUGCACAACUUGCUCAGAGAAUGAAUGAAUGAACGAACGAACGAACGAACGAACGAACGAACAGGAAAAAAGAGUAAUACCUGUCUGCAGUUGAAAAUGACUGCGCCAAGGAAAAAAGUAAUAGUUAUUAAUUUUCGGUGAUAGAAGAUUAAACUAAGGCAAAGACCCACGACGUCGAUGACGUUCUUGACGCAUAAUAAUGUCAUGCACUCUUUACUUCAAACGUGGUGUGAGUUAUGUCCAACGACCCUGUUAUUUAAUUUUAAGGCUCACUGUUUCACCGGCACAAAGGAAGAGGCAGCUGAUUAUUUAGAUCAAGGUUUAUACAUCGGUAUCACAGGAUGGUAAGUCAGACGCAGUUUUCAACCACUACAGCAUGAUGACAUUGUGCUUAACUUUAGGCUAGGGUGUAAACGGUAAAGCUUUUUCCACGUCAACUUCAUUUUCUUGGAUUACUAGUUUACAUUUUAAGCCACGUGGUCUAUUGAAGCAGGGUUCACCUAUCCCUGUUGGUACGCUUUGGUUUGCUCGCUAAGUUCCGUUUUAAGCUGAGCUGCUUAUGCUCAGUCCAGCUAUGUAUAUAUGUCCUUGUAUGAUUUUGCUGGUCAGUGGAUAAAAUCAGGUGCGGUGAAAAAAACUCUAAAAAAAAAGGCGUAGUUGGACGCGGGAUCUCUGAUGGCUCCUGGUUCACACACCUUAUCAGGUUACAUUUUCAAUUUCUUGAAUGUGGGUGUAAAACGUGAAGGGCGUUGAUUUAUAUCACACAGGGGGGGGCCCACGACUCCAAUAGCGCCCGGUACUUGUUUCGUGUACCUAUGAUCCACCGAUUUAUGACAUCACAUCCGGUUGCAGAGUUGCUGCUCUGUUUUCGCGCGAAGCACCAAGAUGGACGCCCGAUGCCAUUUGGUUUUCUCGUUAUUUUAACCCACAGGCUAACGGAAUUAUGUAUCUUGAAUGCCGAGAAUCUUGAGAAGGUAUCUAGCCGGCCUUUCAAGCAAACGUCAUGACCAAACAAAGAAGUUUUAGUAUUAUUUUAACGAUAAACAUCAUGCAACUGCGGGGAAUGUCAUUGCGAGUCUUGCGAUGUUUCAAAACGAGUGUCGUUAACGUUUUGCGGCUUUUGCGGCCUCUGAUUUAGAGAAGACAUCAAUCAAAAUAUAAUUUCCUAAGCGGAAUAGAAUGGGGAAAACGCCGAUGGCCACAGUUUAAAGUGUUCACCUGAUAUCACGUCACAAGUGCUCUGUUUCCAAGAUCAUUUUUGUCUUUUAGUUCGCUGAAAACUGAAGAGAACAUUGAGGCCAUGAAAUCAAUUCCUACCGAUAGACUGUUACUUGAAACAGGUAUGGUUUUCGUAUAAAAGAUUUUCUUUAUUUAUUUGCCGUGCUGGCUAGUCCAGCCAAACUUUUUGUUGCAGUUAGUCAAUAAUGUUUAUAUUUUUGUUUGCACUGAGCUCUGUGUUGGGCGGUUGCCCUUCCAGUUAAUGGCUAGUAUCUCCAAACUGAGGUUUCAUGAGACAGGCACCUGACAGACAGAUUUUAACGUAUUUUUAGCGUGUAUACAUCUAUCUUUUUCAUUAAUAUCAUUAUUUCGUGUUCAGAUGCGCCAUGGUGUGAUAUACGUCCUACCCACGCCGGAUUUAAGUACAUCAAAACAAAGUUUGAAACCAAAAAGAAAGAAAAAUGGGAGAAGGGACUCUGCGUCAAGGGACGAAAUGAGCCCGCCAACAUUGUGUAAGUACGGCAGGAACUCACUACUUUCUGUUAUAUAAGUCAUGAGAGUCAUCAUCCCGGAGACCCAGAGGCAGUCAAUUGGGUCGAGAGAAAAGGCCUUAAGGAAGUUUUAAUGCGUGGGAGCUCCGAGGACGUCAGUAGAGUUAUUAGGCUUUUCAAAGAAAAUGGGAGUCUGGGAACGAGCCCGCUGACUUGUGAUCCUAACGACUGUGAAAUGCAUAAAGAUGUUAAGUUACUAUUGAAGAAACUGUUGUCUUUUGCGGUUUGUUUGUUUUAUAGUCAAGUCUUGGAAGUUGUUGCGGGAUGCCGUGGAGAAGAUGUGGAAAGCCUAGCUCAAAGUGUUUACGAAAAUACCUUAAAUUUGUUUUUCAGCUAGCAGAUAGUCUUGUUAUACUGUUUUCCACUAGCAUUUGAUCCCACUGAUACUUUGAUCCCCAAAGGACAAAAAUUUUCAGAAAAAAGCAUAUUAGCUUACGAGUGAUCAAUAUUGCCUGCCUUAUUCGAUCGCGCUCAUCUUGCAAAUGCCAACGGAGAACAAAGAAGAGGUUGGCUCCAAGAGAGAGACUAACUGCGCUUACAGUU